GGAUUGGUUGGGGUUUGUUUGGGCGAUAAGAUGAAUUUGGGAGUGGUGAGACCGGCAAUAGAAGGUUAUGCUGAUGCUGCAAUUGAAGCUAUAAAGUUUGGCCAUGUUAUUGCUGUCCCCACUGAUACACUUUAUGGCUUUGCUUGUGACGCUUGUUCUGCCAAGGCAGUUAAUCAUAUAUAUGAGAUUAAAGGGCGCAAGUAUACAAAUCCACUUGCCAUUUGUGUUGGGGAUGUUCAUGACAUUCACAAGUAUGCGUUCACUGAUCAUUUACCCAACGGCUUGCUUCACUCUCUCCUUCCUGGUCCUGUUACUCUUGUGCUAAGCCGAGGUGAGUCAAGUAUCCUUGAGAAAUCUUUAAACCCUGGAGUUGAGAGCAUAGGAGUUAGAGUACCAGAUAAUAACUUUAUUAGGGUAAUUGCCCGCUGUUCUGGAAGUGCACUUGCACUUACAAGCGCAAAUCUUAGUGGUCAAGCUAGCAGCAUCAAGAUCAGAGACUUUGAGAACCUCUGGGGGCACUGCGCGUAUAUCUUUGAUGGUGGUGUUCUUCCAGCUAGGCGUGCAGGUUCCACCGUGGUGGAUCUCACUAAACAAGGAAAGUACAAGAUAUUACGAUCUGGAAGCGCCCUGGAGGAAACUCUAGCAAUCCUUCAAAAGUUCUCAUUAAUAGCAGCAGCUGCAGACGGAAGUUGAGUGAUGCACAAAAGGGUAAAAUAUACGCCAAGAGAUCAUAUGUGAAGCUCACAAAUAUAGUUGCUGAGUUUUAUGGUUGUAUUUCUUGUACACGAAGGACUUUUUGAGAUCAUUCUUUAUUGGCAAACAUGUAAAAGAAGGUUGUAGAUUUUCGUAGUAGUUGAAGAUCCAUAACGGUGAAGGACUGGUGUCUUGUGGCCACUAGCCAGUAUGCACGAUAUAAACAUUCAUAAAAAAAAAAAAAAAGAUGACACCCCAUCCCUGAGGGGCCCCAACACCGACCGGACGGCACGAUGAGAAGAUGUAAAUUGAACUAUAAUCACAAUCUGACAGAUAGAAAGUGAGGUCCCGCCCUCGGUACUUACAGAGGCGAUAUAAACAUACAUAAUUAUAUUGAAAGACGUAGCUAGGGAUGGACCCGGGCCGGGCCUAGGACCGGCCGGGCCUCGGUUCAGGAAAGGGGAGGCCCGGAACUGACCCGGG